GCUCGACAGACUUAAACGUUGUGGUGUUUUUAACAGGUGUUUGGCACGCAAUGGAUAGUGGUAACUUUCAUAGUUCUGGGUUUGUGAUGAAGACCUCCGCAUCUUCUAGGACCUAUAGAGUGGAAAGGUCAAAGGUAGGGGAGCACGAACGGCGGCAGACCAGAAGCCUGUAGGUGAUGGCCAAGCACCAUCCGGAUCUGAUCUUCUGCCGCAAGCAGGCGGGAGUGGCUAUUGGACGACUGUGUGAAAAAUGUGAUGGGAAAUGUGUUAUCUGUGACUCAUAUGUGCGCCCCUGCACACUGGUGCGCAUAUGUGAUGAGUGCAACUAUGGCUCAUACCAAGGACGCUGUGUGAUAUGUGGAGGUCCUGGAGUCUCUGAUGCCUAUUACUGCAAAGAAUGCACCAUCCAGGAGAAGGAUCGGGAUGGUUGCCCCAAGAUUGUCAACCUAGGCAGCUCAAAAACCGAUCUCUUCUACGAGCGCAAAAAGUAUGGAUUCAAGAAAAGGUGAUACUAUUUCCAACCUGAUGAACCUGCUGGAGCUGGAAAGGAUCCCUCCUGUAUUGUUGGACUACGGUCUCCCCCCUUCCUGCCCUUUGGGAAAAAGUUGAUUAGUUUUCUUUCAGUCCUUGGCAAACUGUUGGGAAAGCUAGUCUCUACAAAUAAAUGAUGAGAGACUCUUGGCUCAGUUCCCUUUCCUCAGCUGUUGCUAAUGUUAAAAGAUGAGAAGAUUGUCUCUAUCUGCACCUCAAAUUCUGAAAGUUUAGAUUUCAGCCCUCUUGAUUUCUAUUCCAUGACUUUAUAGAUGAAGAACCUGAACAACUUGUUGCUGAUGCUUUCCACCACAAAUUUGUGACCAUUGCCUUGUUUUCCUUGAAGGAAUAGCUAACCAGUACUCUUUGUUAUUGUGGAUUAUGCAUCAAUAAAGUUUUUUUAAAAAUA